AGAGGACACCAAGGUGGAAGGGGCCCUAUGUUCACUCGUGCACAAGAGGCUGCCAUUGUGAACAUGGUUUUGGCCAAUAAUUGUAUCAGGCUGCGAGAAAUCCAAGCCAACAUCAUCAAUGAUGACAAUAUUUUAAAUAACAUCCAACGAGUCUCUCUGUCAACAUUAGGUCGAAUCCUAAAGAAAAAUCAAAUAUACAUGAAGCAACUGUAUCGGGUACCAUUUGACAGAAAUUCAGAGAGAGUGAAACAUCUGCGCAAUGAGUAUGUGGAGAGAGUCUUGCAAAUGGAUGCAGCAGAAAUUCAACAUGAAUUUAUAUAUGUGGAUGAGGCUGGAUUUAACCUUGCGAAAACAAGAAGAGGGAGAAAUGUAAUUGGACACAGGGCAAUCACCAAUGUGCCAGGGCAGCGAGGGGGUAACAUCACCAUUUGUGCUGCUAUCACACAAAAUGGGGUCCUCCACCACCAUGCAAAUCUAGGACCCUAUAAUGCAAAUCUAAUUUUUGCAUUUCUUGACCGAUUGCAUGAGAUUGUCACAGCAUUACACCAAGUGGACCAGAUGCGGUACAUUGUCGUUUGGGACAAUGUCUCAUUCCAUCGGGCUGCUCUGGUCCAGAAUUGGUUCCAUGAUCACCCUGAUUUUGAAGUCUUAUACCUUCCCCCAUACUCCCCCUUCCUGAAUCCUAUAGAAGAGUUUUUUUCAGCGUGGCGGUGGAAGGUAUACGACCUGCGGCCCUAUGACCGUUUGCCCCUCAUUCAGGCCAUGGAGCAGGCCUGUGAUCUUAUUGAAGCAGCUUCUGUGCAGGGCUGGAUUCGUCACACAAGGCGAUUCUUCCAACGGUGCCUUGCCAAUGAAGACAUAGCCUGUGAUGUGGAUGAAAUCUUAUGGCCUGAUCCAGCCAGACGGAGAGAUGAAUAG